AUGAUCUUUGGAUCAUGGAAUAUUAGAGGGCUGAAUAAGCCCUACAAGCAGAAGGAAUUCAAAUCCUUUCUGCUUAUGAAUAAAGUGGCUCUUUUGGGCUGCUUUGAUACAAAAGUUAAGGCUAGAAGAGCAGGAAAAAUACAAAGGAAGUUAGGGGCAGAGUGGCAGGUUUAUUGUGAUUAUGUAGGUUGCCCAAAUGGAAGAAUAUGGGUCUACUGGAAACCACAACUGGUGGAAGUUGAUAUCCAGUUCUUAAAGCCUCAGAUUGUUCGCUGCAAGGUAAAAUAUAAAGACUCUCAAUUUGCAUGCUAUGCAACUUUCGUAUAUGGAUACAAUACCAUAGAUGGAAGAAAAAACAUCUGGAGACAAGUGAGAUCAAUCAACAGUAUGAUGGUAGAUCCUUGGAUUAUUCUUGGGGAUUUUAACACCAUAUUAUCUGUUAAUGACAGAAAUAAUGGAACACCAAUUCAACAAAUUAAAACACAAGAUUUUCAAGACUGUGUGGAUGAGGCUGCACUUGGUCAGAUCAGAAGAAAGGGAUGCCAGUACUCUUGGUGUAACAAGAGGGAUCCUGGAGACAGGAUCUAUAGCUUGAUAGACUGGCCAUUUGACAAUGCCCAAUGGAUUAGCAUGUAUAGUAGUAUAGAAGCUCACUAUUUAAAUCAUGACUGUUCAGACCACUCUCCUAUACUACUUACUACUAAUACUGUCAGACAAAAAUUCCCAAAGCCAUUCAGACUCCUUAAUGUUCUACUGCAACAAUAUUCAUUCAAAGAAGUGGUGAAGUCUAUAUGGGAAUCUAAUGUACGUGGAUAUGCUAUGUAUGGAGUUUGUAAGAAGUUAAAGAAAAUAGAACUUGCCGUGAAGCAGAUGAACCAAAAGAUGAAUAAGCUGGAUCAAAAAAUUGAGGACCUGCAAGCAAAGCUUAAAGAUACUCAGGAAGAUCUGGAAGCAGACCUUUACAAUGCUCAAUUGAUUAUAGAAGAGAAAAAGUUAGUGCUUAAAUUGGAGCAAUGGGCCACAAUUCAAGAGAGAGUACUUAGACAGAAGCCCAGAGUUGUUUGGAUCACACAUGGGGAUUCAAACUCUAAGUUCUUCUAUGCUCAACUCAACGCUAGGCAUUCCAGGAACAACAUUACAACUAUAUGCAAUGAGCAUGGAGUAAAACUAACAGAUCCCAAGCAGAGGGAUCAACAAAUGUUGCUGAUUCAACCUGUCACAAAGUUGGAUAUUCUUCAGGCAUUGAGAGAGCUACCAAAUGAUAAGGCUCCAGGGGUGGAUGGAUUCAAUGUAGAAUUUUUUAAAGAAUACUGGAAUGUAAUAGGGGAGGAAGGGUAA